UUAUUUUAUGUAUUUGAAAAACAAAUAAAAAACAUGUUUUGGUAGUUGAGUAUAGCAUAUUUAUAAUUUAUAUAUAUAUAGGGAGAGGGAGAGAGAGAACAAAUAAGAAAGAUAAAAGAGAGGAAGAAUAGAGUAGUGAGUGGGAAAUCAGAGAGCAUGGAAACUAAUAAUAAUAAUAAGAACAAUGAAGCAUUGGCAACUGAAGCUCCAUUAGCACCAAUAACUUCUCAAAGAAAAGUUGUAACUCAUCUAGAAAUUUCACUCCCUAAACCUUAUAUGCCAAGAGCACUUGUGGCUGUAGAUGGAGAGCAUCCAAAUGGAACAGAAGGUCACAAACACAAGAAUAUGAGUGUUCUUCAGCAACAUGCUGCAUACUUUGACCAAGAUCAUAAUGGCAUUGUUUAUCCUUGGGAAUCUUAUGUUGGAAUGCGUGCUGUUGGUCUGAAUCCAAUUGCUUCAUUUUGUUUGGCUAUGCUCAUCAAUUCUGCACUCAGUUAUUCAACUCUUCCAGGAUGGCUACCCAAUCCUUUAUUUCCAGUAUACAUUGAUAACAUUCAUAAAUCCAAGCAUGGUUCCGACUCUGGGGUUUAUGACACAGAAGGAAGGUUUGUUCCAAUGAAUCUUGAGAACAUGUUUAGCAAGUAUGCUCGUACUGUGCCAGACAAAUUGUCACUAAAAGAAAUUUGGGAAAUGACUCAAGGCAACCGAUGUCCAUAUGAUUUUUUUGGCUGGUUAUCAAGUAAGGUGGAAUGGUUGAGUUUAUAUGCAAUUGCAAAAGAUGAAGAGGGUUUUGUGAGCAAAGAAGCUGUGAGACGUCUUUUCGAUGGGAGCUUGUUUGAGUAUUUAGCUAACAAAAAUUUAGGCACUAAUGCUAAGAUGGAAUGAUGUGUACCAAAAUUUAUGUUUAACUAAUUUAGUUGUGGUAUGUAUUUAUAUGGAGUGUGUGAGCCUAGGCUCUUCUGUGGGCAGUGGUGCUUUGGUUAGGGUACAUUAGGGUUUGUGGUUGUUGGACGAUUUUUCUUCAUAUUGUGUUGCUUGUUUUUGGCUAAUUUGGUUUUUUUAUUUUUUGGUUUACUUUGUAAUAAUGUUGUUUAUCACUCUAUUUAUUCUCUUCUUCUUUCCCUUUAA